AUGUUUAGAAGCAAAUGGGGUAAUGAGAAGUACACAUGCAAGAAGACGUUAGGGUGCAGGCGGAUGAAGUUGCAGAUGGUUCUCCCCCUCCCCUUUUUGCCAACAUAUGUCGUCGUGACUUCGUUUGAGGCAGUACCGUGUUCUGUCACUAUUGAAUUGUACCAUCGCGUAAGAUUUUGGUAUUCCUUUGAUUUCCCCAAGCCUCUUUGUCUCUUUCUAGUCCCUGCAAGACAAACUCGGGUAGCUAUAUCUGCUACUAGUAAUGAAUAG